UUUAUGAAUAUCUGCCUUUUCAAAAGCGUGCCUAGAGAGCUUUCAUUCUGUAAGCAAUACAAAAGCUAAGGAAUACUAUUUGCUCAUACAAAAAAAAUAGACUAGCAUAAGAGUCUGUAUUUAGCAUUCCUCAUUUACCAAAUAUCAUCAAAUGGUGGGCUCUUUCACGCGGUGCGAAUUAAUUGUCUCUGUCUAAUUUCAAAUUCCAUUUCCCAGAAAUUUGUAUUAGGUACUGGUCAUCGCCACACAUUCACGCGCUAUAUGUCCCUUUUGUUUGAAACACGCGUGAGUGGAAAUUCGUGGCAUGAACUGAUCAUGAGCCAAGUCAUUAUCUUGUUUAAGUCUUGCUUUUGUGAAUAUCUGCCUUCUCAAAAGCGUGACUAGAGAGCUUUCAUUCUGUAAGCAAUACAAAAGCUAGGGAGUGAUUUGGGUCAGAUAUCGAUAUGGAUGCUUGUGCUUCUUCUUCUUUUUCUUCUUCUUCUUCUUCUAUUUUCAAUCUGGAGAAAUAUGAUGUUUUUCUGAGUUUCAAAGGUGAAGAUACGCGAAAUACUUUCACAAGCCAUCUUUAUUCUGCUUUAGAGCGAAAGAAAAUCAAGACUUACAUAGAUGAGAAAAGUCUUGAGAGAGGAGACAAAAUAUCGCCUGCACUUGUUGAAGCAAUCUGGAAAUCAAAGAUUUCAAUAAUAAUUUUCUCAAAGAAUUACGCAUCGUCAUCAUGGUGCUUGAUGGAACUAGUACAUAUACUUGAACGUCACACAGAAAACAAACAUAUGGUUAUACCCAUUUUUUACGAGGUGGAUCCAUCUCAUAUACGGAAACAAGAAGGAAGUUAUGGAGACACAUUUCUAAAACAUGAAGCACGCUUCAAUGACAGCAUGGAGAUUUUGCAAAAGUGGAUAGAUGCUUUAAGGGAAUCGGCCAAUCUCUCUGGUUGGGAUUCACGAGUCAUCAGGCCUGAGUCAAAAUUAGUUGAAGCAAUUGUAGAAGAUGUUUUGAGGAAAUUGAACAGCGACCAAUCCUCAAAUUUUACUUUUGAGGGCCUGUUUGGGAUUGACAAACAUAUUGAAAGAAUCAAAGGAUUGUUAAAUGUUUCCUCUCCGAAAGUGCAGAUUGUGGGCAUUUGGGGAAUGGGCGGCAUAGGUAAAACAACCCUUGCUGAAGUUGUAUUUAAUAAAAUCUCUUCUGAAUUCGAAGCUCGUUGUUUUGUUGCGAAUGUAAGGGAAGAAUCAGAGAAGGGAUCAUUGGUUAGCUUAAGAAAUAAACUUCUUGCUGAAUUAUUAAAGGAGGAACAUCUAAAUCUGGGAACCCCAUCUUUAGGACCAACUUUUGUCAAAGAAAGGCUCCGUCGUACAAAGGUGCUCGUUGUUGUCGAUGAUGUAUAUCAUGUAGAACAAUUAAAAUCUUUGAUUGGUGACCGUGACCAAUAUAGCGGCGAAAGCAGAAUUAUUAUAACAACUAGAGAUGCCAUGUUGCUUAGAAAGAUUUCAGCAGAUGGAGUGUACGAGGUUAAAGAAUUGAAUUGCGAUGAGGCUCUACAACUUUUUAACUUCAAAGCUUUUAAAGAAAACUCUCGCAUUACAGAACACCUAGAGCUAUCCAAAAAAGUGGUGAAGUAUGCAGGAGGUAACCCGUUGGCAAUUACGGUUUUGGGUUCUUACUUUGGUUCUCUUCGUUCCAAAAAAGAAGAAAGCUGGGAGAUGGCAUUCAGUAAAUUAAAAGUUGUUCCUCAUAAUGAUAUUCUAAACGUGUUGAGAAUAAGUUAUGAUGAGCUAGAUGAAACAGAAAAGAAUAUAUUUCUUGAUAUCGCGUGUUUCUUCAACCGGAUGAGUAGAGAUUAUGUAGAAAACAUAUUAAAUGCUUGUGGUUUCUUUGCAAAUAAUGGAAUAGAUGAUCUAAUUGACAAGUCUCUUAUAACUAUCAAAUAUAAAGAGCUUUGGAUGCAUGAUCUAUUACAAGAGAUGGGCCAAAAAAUUGUUUGUCAAGAAUCUGCAGACCUUGGAAAGCGAAGUAGGCUAUGGAUUGCUGAAGAUGCUUAUCAAGUCCUUGAGAAUAAUGAAGGGACGACAAAAAUUCAAGGAAUAUUCCUAGACAAGUCCAAAAUUGAUGGAGAUAUACACUUGGAGCCUACAAUUUUCAGCAAGAUGCAUAAUUUGAGAUUAUUCAAAAUUUACAAUUCCUCUUAUGUCAAGAAAGGCAAAGUGUACCUUCACGAUCUCCAGUGUCUUCCUCGUUCACUUCGGUAUCUUGAGUGGCACGAAUACCCUCUAAAAUAUUUACCGUCGAACUUUAAGCCAAAGAAUCUUGUUGAACUAAAGAUGCCGUACAGUCAGCUUGAGCAACUUUGGGUUGGAGUCCAGGAACUUAACAAGUUAAGAGGCAUUGAUCUAAGACAAUCCAUUUACCUAACUCAAAUUCCGGAUCUCUCUAGCGCUCGAAAUCUUGAGAGAAUAAAUCUUGCAUAUUGCAGAAGUUUGCUUCAAUUUCCUUUGCAUAUUCUGCGAAAUCUUAACAGGCAUAUUGAAGUGAAUCUAAGCUACUGUGACAAGCUUCAAAGUCUUCCUCUCGAAGGUUCUAACCUUGACACUUUCCCAAUGAAUAUAUCCAGGAGCAUGGUGUCGUUAGAUUUAAGUUCUACUGGAAUUAUGUCUUUGCCUUCAUCAAUUGAUUCCCUUAAUAAUCUUUCUAAAUUGUCUCUCAAUAACUGCACAAGACUUGCAAAUCUUCCGAGCUUUAUGAAUAAGUUGGACUCUCUGAAAGAGCUCAACUUAGGAGGUUGCUCGAUUCUUGAGACAUUUCCAGAGGUUCCAUUAAAUAUUAAAUCCUUGGAUAUUCAUGGCACGGCAAUAAAAGAAGUGGCAUCGUCAUCAAUUGAGGGUCGAUUCGAUCUCCAAUACAUCAAUAUGUUAAAUUGUAAAAGUCUUGCGAGUUUGCCGUCGAACAUUUUUAAGAUGAGGUCACUUAUUGAUCUUAAUCUUGAUGGUUGCUCAAAUUUGAAGAACCUUCCGGAAAUCUCAGAGCCUAUGAAGAGCUUAGAAAUCCUUCAUUUAAGCAGAACAGGGAUUAGAGAGCUACCAUCAUCGAUAGGAUAUCUAAUUAGCGUUCAAGAAUUGGAGGUUAUGGAGUGCGAAAAUCUCGAGUCUGUCCCGACCAAUAUAUGCACAAUGGCUGCGCUUUCGGAUCUCGAUCUUUCAGAUUGUCCAAGACUCGAAUAUUUUCCUAUGCCAAGUGGUUUCCUCCGCUGGGAUUUGGAACAUCUUCAUCUGAGUAACUCUAAUAUAAUAGAACUCCCUAGAAGCAUCAAAGGACUUUCUAAGCUGAGACAGAUUCACGUAAACAAUUGCAAGAAUCUGCGUUCUAUACCAGAGCUUCCAUUGGGCUUGCAAAUUCUCCAUGCAAAUGGAUGCUCGUCAUUGGAGAUCGUGUCAAAUUCUAAGAGAGCACUCACACAAGAGUUCUGGGAUUAUGUUGAUAUUGAAGGGGAUGAUAUUGAUCUUGAAUUUUCAACGUUCGCUGAUUGCUUGAAAUUAGAUCAGAAGCAGCGUCAGAAUAUUUUAAUUGAUUUCCAGCUUCGAGUUUUUCGGACGGUUACGCAAUUUGUAUAUGGAGACAAUGAGAGUUUGCCUUCUUCAAAUAUUUCGUGUUUUCCGGGGAAUGAAAUUCCGAAGUGGUUCGAGUAUCAAUCAGAGGGAUCUUAUAUGAAGCUUCCACUAGAAUGGCAGAAUUCCAACUUCUUGGGUUUUGUGUUGUGUACAGUUGGUUACUCUUAUUCGGACAUCAAAUUAAAGCUGGAUUUAAGAUGUGAAAUCAGUCUCAGACAGGGCGAAAACGACGAAUUUCCUUUGGAGUUUAGUGGUGUAUGGGAUCACUAUUUUAUAGUGUCAUUUACAUCACAUUCAAGCAAUUUGUGCAUGUGGUAUUGUGUUGGGGAUUGGUCUGAAUGUCUUGAUGCAGUGGAAGCGUCAUUUGACUUUUUGUUCAUUGAUUGGGAUCAGAGCAAAGGUUACUGGGUUAAGUCUUCUAAUGUGGAAGUGAAGAAGUGUGGGAUCCACAUGUUAUAUCAAAAGGAUAUAGAGGAAUUCAGAUUCAAUUUCAUUGACGCCGUUCAACAUCUUGUGCUUGAGGAAUCAGCUACAACUCCCGACCAGCCUGAAUCCAGUGCACGUGGAACCGUCGACUUCGAAACAGAUGAACCGCAACGCAAGAAAAUCAAAUUUACAGAUUCCUGUGGCGGCUGAUUAUUUGAUCUCUUCCAAUAAUGCAUAGUCGGUAAUUGCGAAAAUGUUUAUGGUGUUCGGAAAAGAGAACAGACAUAAUAAAACUAAUGGUUAUGCAUUUUGCAGUUAUGUUGCAUUCUUCUCAAGAAAUUGAUAAAGUGACAGGAUUUCUGAGGCCGAAGUAAGUUGGAGCUGAGUUUGGUGGUCUGCUCCGUUAAAAUCAUUGUUUCUAAUACGGACAUCCCAAUUUCAGAAAUAAGAGGAUAUUGAUGGAGAUUAAAGUUGCUAUUUGAAUAAUGAUUUCUGUUCUGAAAG